AUGGCGCGACUGAGUGGCGCGGCACGAAUUGCAGUUGCAGUCAUCGUCGGUUUCCUCGGCAUGUGUCACGCGGCGACGACAUUCAAGUUCUGUGACGAGGCCGGCGCCCAAGGAUACGACUACAUCCCUCCUCCUGAGCGUCUCAUCGCUCCACGCAGAAACUGCGACGACAGGAAGCAGAGCAACCCCCAAACAUGCAUCUACCGGCCUCCUGGCUCGCGGCUGGCCUCCAUCCGCGUCGGCAACACCGGCAAACUGGCCGUCUUCAUGCCGGAGACGGUGGACGCCGCAACCGUCGAGCACGCCGUCAUCGUCGUCGCCGGGAAGCUGAGCAACGCGGGCCAAUACUGGCACAGGCUGCAGAACGCCACGGACCUCUACGCGGCACGCUCCGGCAAGACAGGCCGCAAGACCAUCAGCGUGGCGCCGCUGCUCUUCACCGACCGGUACACGCCCGGCCUGCACGGCGACGGCCAUCUCUCGUGGUCCGACCCCAGGGCCUGGAUCGCCGGCGGCGCGGCCAACUACCCCUAUGGGAGCAACGCGACGUCCAUUGACGCCCUCGAGGCGCUCGCCGAGGAGUUCGCCUGCUCGGCCAGGUACCCCGUGCUGACCAACAUCACCUUUGUCGGGCAGAGCGCGGGCGGGCAGCUGGUGCAGCGGUACGCGGCCCUCGCCAGGGACAGCGCCUCGUGCCGCGCCCAUGUGCGGUACGUCCAGAACAAUCCCGCCACAUGCUCCUACUUCACCGACAACCGUCCCUCGGUCCAGGGCGAGGCCCUGCCCCCCGCGAGGUCCUGCGCCAAGUGCAACCUCUGGCCCUUUGGCUUCGACGGCUUCCCCGGCACGGCGGCGGGAACCUUGGCCCCCGUCGACUACUUCCGCCGGUACACCUCCCGCGACGUCGUGGCCACGGUGGGAUACAAGGACACGAACCCCUGCAGCGGCGACCAGGCCUGCCAGGCCGUCCUGCAGGGCGGCCACAAGCGGAGGGACAGGAACCUCAUCUGGUAUCGCUAUGUCCACGAACUGGCCCGCACGGGGGAGAACCUGACGGCCUUUCCGGGCGCCUUCACCGACCUCCCGGACUGGGGCCAAGUGUCGAAUAACCGCGUGGGCUUGCGACUGGCUCUUGCCAAGGGCGCGGGGCACGGGUUUGCGCAGAUAUUUUCCACGCCCGUCGGUCAGUCGGCGCUCUUUGACGACGUUGACGUCCUGGAGGGAUGGCGGCCGGGGCAGUGA